AUGUCGUCGGCGGAGAAGUCAGCAGAGAUACAUCAUGUCGAACAGACUGCCCAUCAUGAACACCCCACGGACAUCGAGCUUCAUCACGAUCAUGUAGCUUCAGAAGCCAUCGGUGGGAUGGUGCAAGACCUACCUCCGAACUACUAUCGAUCACCUGCAUUCAUAGGAACGCUGGUAGCGACGUGUUUGGCGCAAAUCUCGGGAUAUCUAGGAUGGGUGCUACCAGCCAACACUCUCUCCUUGAUCAAUCUCGCCCUUGGUCCUUCAACGAAUGUCAUCUGGCUCGCCGUGGCCUGGCAAGCUGGCUUCGCUGUUGCAUUCUUGUGGGUGGGAAGAUUGUCAGAUAUUUUCGGUCGAAGAUGGUUCUUCAUCGGCUCCUCCGCGCUCGCAAUCAUCGGCAAUAUCCUUGGUGCCGCAGCUCAAAGCAUCGAAAUGCUUAUCGCUACCAACAUCAUCAACGGUCUUGCCGCAUCUGGCCAGCUCUCUUUCAGUGUGGUCCUCGGCGAACUCGUUCCGAAUAAGAGUCGUGGUACUUUCAAUGCGAUCGUGCUCUCCACCAGUGUCCCAUUCGCCGUCUUUGGCCCGCCAAUCGCCAGAGCAUUCUAUGAACACACAUCGGUGACUUUCCGAGGAAGCUAUAUCAUGGGUGUCGCUGUCAACGUUGUUACAGUCGCACUUUAUGUGAUGUUCUAUCACCCGCCAUCAUACAAGCUUCUACACGUAGGUGGCAAGAGUAAGAUGCAGCAGCUGAAGGAGUUCGAUUGGAUAGGCAGUGUUCUCUUCACGGCCGGGCUGACGGUCUUCCUCAUCGGUCUGAACUGGGGUGGCACUGUUUACCCAUGGAAAUCCGCUCAGGUGCUCGGAGCUUUCUUUGGCGGCAUUGCGGGUCUAGUCAUCUUCUGUGUCUGGGAAGCCUACUGUGGGCUGGACUAUCCCCUCAUGCCGAUGCGAUUGUUCCGCAACCUGAAAUACGAUGCUAUAGUGGCAUGCGCUUCCAUCGGAGCCAUGGUCUACUACAGCGGCACCGUCAUCUGGCCAACAAUGGUAGGAGCUCUAUUCACAAACGAUGUCACGGAAGUUGGAUGGCUCUCGUGCGCCGUUGGUGGCAGUAUCCUCUGCGGGCAGAUUCUUGCUGGUAUCGGCGUUCGAUCGUUGCCUCGCAUGAAGUGGCAGAUGACUAUCGCUGGCGCAAUCAUGAUGACUUUUAUCGCUGCCUUGUCUGCCUCCAGCGGAAGCACUCGCUCCAUGACGAUCGCUUUCCUCAUGAUCGGUACUGCCGGCGCCGGAUAUGUCGAGAAUCUGACUCUAUCGACCAUGGCCCUCGUAUGGGAACCCGAUGACAUUGGGCUUGUCGCCGGUGUCCUUGGCUGCAUCCGUACUGCUCUUGGUGCCCUCGCCACGUCGAUGUACAGCAGUAUUCUGGCGAGCUCGCUCACGAAGUACCUGCCAAGAUAUGUCGGUCCAGCAGCCGCAGAAGCUGGUUUGCCAACAACCAGUCUUCCGGCACUACUGGCAGGGGUCGGGACAGGCAGUUUCGAUGCAGUCCCGGGCGUCAACGCUGCAGUCCUCGCCGCCAUCGGUGCGCCGAUCAAGCAAGCAUAUGCUAUGGCCUUCAGGACCGUGUUUUUGACCACGAUACCAUUUGGUAUCAUCUUGCUGGUCGCUGCGAUCUUCUACUGCCCCAAUGUUGAGGACUAUAUGACCGAUGAGGUUGCAAGGAAGCUGCAGGGAGUGUCUUCGAAACCAAAGGUCAUGACGAAGGAGAAAGAUGCCGAGCAGGCAAUGUAA